AUGCGGCGGCGCGCGCCAUGGAGUGGGAGGGCGCGGAGAGAGGGGCUGGCGUGCUGCGGCGGGUGCGGAGAGAGGGGCUGGGGUGCUGCGGCGGGCGCGGAGAGAUGGGCUGGGGGCUACGGCGGGUGCGGCCUGGAGGGCAGCGGCGCUCACCCUGGAGGAAGGGAAGGCGGUGGGUGCGGCCUGGAGGUGGCGGCGCUCGCCCUGGAGAAAGGGAUGGCGGCGGGUGCGGCCUGGAGGGUGGUGGCGCUUGCCGUGGAUAGUGGGGAGGCUGGCUUGGCCAUAUUUUGUACUGAUGUACAACCUGAUGUGUACAAGAAGAACUCUCUCAUUACUAAUUUGAUGUUGGAUUCCAAUUGGAGAGCAAGCAACCCCAUCAACUCAGCAUCAUGCAAUACCAUCAACGCAGCGUUCUGCAAUAACAGAGAAAGGAACAUCCAACAAAGGAAAAAAAAUUGGUCUAGUGAUGAGGAUAAGGUUCUGAUAGCAGCCUGGGCAAAUACAAGUAUGGAUAUUGUCGGGACAGAUCAAAACCGAGAAACUUAUUGGGCUAGAAUUUCAGAGUACUACAACACACACAAGGAAUCAUCAUGGCCUGAGUGUAAUGCCAAUGCAAUAAAUUGCCGUUACACAUUGAUUAACAGAGAGACCGCUAAAUUUUUUGGUUGCCUUCAGCAGAUUAUAAACUUGGAGGAAAGCGGAAGGACUAUACAAGAAAAGACAAACGAUGCACACCUUUUGUUCAAGGAUUUGGAUAUUAAAAGAAAAAAGUCUUUCACAUUGAUGCAUUGCUAUGUAGAGUUUUCGAAGUAUCCAAAGUGGCAGACAAGAGAACUUGAAACUUCUGUUAAGAAACAAAAGAAGACCAUUGAUGCAAGUCCGGGCACAGUCACCAAUGAUCCGGCCGAUGCAUCCUCGGUACGCACUGAUGCUACCUCGGCACACACUGAUGCUCUUGAACAUGAGAAAAGACCUGAUGGUGUGAAGAAGGAGAAAUUGCGGAGAGGUAAAGUUGAUGGCAGUGCUUGCAAGUUGUCAUUAGAAACUGUGUGGGCACAAAAGCAAGAGAAGGAUGAGCUCAAAGAGGCGGCAAGAAAUGUUCGAUAUGCACAACAAUUUGAAUUGAGAGAAGAGGAGAUUGCACUGAAAAAGAAGGAGGAUGCACGAAACGAGAGGGAUGAUGCACGCAAACAGUUUGAAUUAGAUGAGAGGAUCAUGCUCAUGGACACAAGUGGUAUGACUGAUGUGCAAAAGCAGUUUUACCAAGCUAGGCAAAAUGAGAUCCUUGCUCGCGGCCUAGAGUAG